UAUCCUUUUACUACGGUUGUAGUAGGAAAACCACACGUAGGCAGAGUGACAACGUGUGUGAAACUAUGCAUGAUUUGUAAAGUGAAACAACAUUACAAGAAAUGGUUAAUAUUCUAUGAAAUGGAUACAUGUGUGUUUCAGUGGUGACCAUUUGGUGUAGAUUUCAUCCUUAGCCGUCUGAUGCACCUGUGGAAUACCCAAACGCGAGGACCGGCCUACCCGCUGCCUUCCUUGUCGGCCGAAUUGGAGUUCCUGGGGGCAGCCCGGGUGGCUAGCGGGCAUCACCACCAGAUCAGGGCAUAUGUCAUCCAAACGGGAUAUGCUCAAGUAUCUCACCCAAAAGCUCAAGUCACAGACUCUGAACGAAGUUCAACCUUACCAAGAAAAGCUAGAUGACGACCAUGAUUCUGGAACAGAAUCUGACGAUGAAAACCAGGACUUAGACGAUGAGGAACCCAGAGAUGCUAUGUACCACCAUGACACAUCCAGCUAUGGGAGUGUGUCCCCAGUCAACCACCCGCCCAGUCCUCUGAUGCAUGUGCUGGACUCUAACGCCACGCAUGAAAUCAGCGAGCACAACCUGGAUAGCAUCAGUUGUACCUCAGACUUUGAGAGGCACAGCUUAGACUUUGAUAGACACAGCUCAGAGGAAGAGCUGGAAAUCAUUCACAGGGAAGUCGUCGCUGAGAAGAGAAAAUGGUCUCAGGUGAAUAAUCGAAAUUGUGAAAGUGCAAGUUCUUCGGAUGAGGAAGUGAAAGAACUGAUGUUAGAACCUCAACCAGUGUUGUUUAGGUGUUCACCUCCGCAAGGCGUGCAUAAACUUAAUAACAACAGUGUAAACAACAACAAUGUCAGUAACUUUAACCACAACAUCUGUAGUACUAACAUUACCGUCAUCAGCUCCAGUGGGCCGACAAAUCUUAGGAGCAAAAAUAGUGUUAAUAAUAACGAAAAUGUCAAGUCCCCACCAUCCCAAUUACACAUUAGUAAGGUGACUCCAAUCUCUGUAAUGAGUGUGUCGCCUAGGAAACGACAUCGACAGACAACUACCUCUGACUCUCCUCCAUUUACUGCGGACCUGGCACAGUCUGCCACAGUCAUACGCAGACCUUGUCUCGAUUUUGAAAAAAUGCAGGUAAGAAUAUUUAAACGAUUUAAAACUCUUGUCAAUUAGAUAUUACCUGCACGUAUGAUAGACAAUAUUGUCCCCUCUUUGUGUUUUCACUAGUUAAAUAUUUUUGCAGAAUUGUUGUUUCUGGAAAUUCUCAGGAGGCAAAAGUUUGCAGAAUUUUCAUCUUUAUUUAAUAUUUCAUAUUCAUGUACAUUACAUAUUUUUUGUUGUAUAUAUUUUCUCAUUGCAAGAAAACAUUUAACUGUGAAAAUAAAAGAGUUUUACAAUACAUC